GUUAGCUAAUGUAACAUACAGUGGUAUCUGUUACUUGUAUUCCAGAUUACUUGUUUGUCAGCUAUUGACUCCAAAUGAGUCUAGACGCACUAUUUCAACAAAUCCUUCUAACUGAACAUCAACUGACUGAACAGACACAGAAAUUCAAAGACGUCAAAGUAGCCAUCAUCAGAUGCAAUGAGAAAAUCAAGAACGGCACAGAAAAGUAUGAAAAGGCCAGUGAGGAACUUGAUGAAAAGGCGCAGCAGUCGUCUGUGAUGAGGCUGCAGCACGACCUGAUCAAGAAAUGUGAAGACCAGAUGUUGAAGAAAAUUGAGGAGCUGCUCUGCCAGAAGAGACAUCUCUGGGAACGUCUAUCCAAGGUAAAGAGGGAGUCUAAAGAAGAAGAGGAAAUCUUCCUUCAAGAGAUCUCAAGGUUCAACAGUGACUUCAGUCUUCGAGGGAACAGAGAAACAGUGUUCGAGAGCCAAACACACACUGAGAUCCUGGACCUGGAGAGGGAGGUGGAAUCAUUAUACAAAGACAUGGAGCUGAUGAGCAGCAGUAACAGGCACAUGAGCUCCAUGCAGGAGCAGAAGAGAGCGCUCCAGCUUGAACUACAGGGUCUGGAUAACAGCCGGAGAGACCUGGAUCGGCAGUUGAGUGUGGCUGAAGCAAUGACAGCGUCUCUGAGAGCGGAGAGCCUGUUUGUCAGUCAGAAACCUCUCACUGACAGCACCUGUCUAAGAUUGAGGAAGGAGCUGGAGAUGCAUAAAAAGGCAGCGCUUGAGCUUCGGCAGGAGGAGCUCAGCUCAGAAAUACGGCUCCUGCAGUCAAUGCUGGACAGCAGCCAAGGGAGUGAGCAGCAUUAGGUUUGGCACAAUGAUGAUACAGGAAGGUUACACUGGUUCACUGAUUGUCUCGGCUGUUAAAAACAAAAACAAACGCGCUAAUGAAUAAGAAAAAAUGAGAGAAAAGAAGGAACAAAAGAGAAAGAUUCUAAACUGAAUGUGCUGUAAUAAAAUUAAUCUAAAUGUAGGUUCCAUCUUCAUGUUAGGAUUGUUUCUUCUUUAGUUUUUAGUUUGAGAAGUUACAUGAAAACAGCAGAUUCAAUUGUGAGUAACCUCAGAGCUGAAACUAAAUGUUUUUCUAUGAAAUAUUUGUCAUUUCUUUUCUACUCCAAAAUACACUGUUCAAUUUAUUUAUUUUAACAACUAAACACACAUAUACAUAGUGAACAGAAUAAUGUGUGUGUGUGUGUGUGUGUGUCUGGUAGAAUAUAAAGGAAGUAUUCUUAAAAGUGAUUGUAUACUGCCCUCUAGUGUACGAAGACUAACACUGCAAUAACAGGGGUUGUUGAGUUACAUACUGAAAUAUCAUUGAACAGCAUGUAAACAUGGGUACAAUUAUUUUAUUAUUGCAUGAUAGUUGAAGGCUAAUAACACUUUAAUUUCUGGUUAAUUUUAACUCAAGCACUGACAUUGGAUUUUGUACUUUUAAUUUAAAUAAAACAAACAAUGAAAUAAAAGCACCGGGUCACUAAUUUUCACUGUUGAAGCUGGGCUGCAUGAGCAAUAUGGCUAAAAAUAUUAUCACAAUAUUUUUUCAUAUUGAUUGAUGUAUAUCACUAUAUGUAGAUUUAACACUGGUAAUGAGGAAGGAAACACAUUCAGCAUGCCUUUUAACUUGAGCUCUUAUCAUAUCAGAUAUAAUGAAAAAGCAGACAAGAGGGACUGCUGCUGGAGUCUGAACUAACGUUACCACAACAAGCUUAUUGUUUGGCUUGUUGCGUUUCCCGCCUUUCUCACCACUUGCCAACUGCACGUUAUGCAACGGAUAUCGUUCUGCUGUUUAUCCGGCUUUAAAAAUCCUGUUUUUGGUAAUAAUGAACUGGUGUCUCUGCGCAGGUUAGUCGAGUUCCUCCACACCAAACUGGGAAAAAGCUUUUUUUUUAAUCAUGUUUAAACAGGAAAGGGCCUCCAGUUGGAAACCCCACUAAAAUAUUGCUGUUGUGUGCUGCAGCAUCAAGAUUUCCCUUCACUGGCACCAAAGGUCAAAUGAUGAAAAACGGCUCCAACAGUAGUGUGUGAAGGAUUGUGAGGGAUGAUCCAGAUACUAAAAAGAUGUAGAUGAAUAUGGACAAGUGAAGGCCUCAGCACACAUGAAAACAGAACAUUAUGUCUGUUGCCACCUUGUGGGCGAUGUGUGACAUUACAGUUUAUCACUGUUAAUCCCUCAGUCCAGAGAGAGUUAUUUCCGUAAUUGAUGAUUAGACGGUCUGUCGGCCUACACCAGAGGGUCACUGUGCGGGUCAUUUUCUCUCUGAUUAGAGUGAUUCCUAAUAGAAUGAGUGGAAUGUCAAUGGCUAUCUAAUGAGAUACUGCAUUCUCAUUUUGACUUUUUAACCUUGACCUCCGUGAGCUGUGUCUGGAUGUGUUAGCGAAAAAAACCUGAAAGCAGACCGGACAGCAGAACAGAGCAGUCCAUUUGGCGGAGUGGUUAACCUCGUUUAAUCUGCUGCUUGAAUCCAGAUCUUGCCAUCAAGAUCAUUUUACUAAUAGUCACUCACAUAAAUAGUGAGUGACUGCUGGUAAAAUGGAGUCAGACGUAAAGCAGCGAAGACGGCAGUCAGACACUUGCAGGUGUAUCCAUCCUUUUGACCUAGAAUGGAUUUAUAGCCAACAAUCGAUGGAAGACAUUGCUUGUUA